AUGCGAAAACCAGCAAUGCCCAUUCCCUCGCCCUUUCAGUCUUCCAUUGCGAAGCCAGGGCAGGGCAAGGUCGUCCUCUCCCUCCUCCCACCGAACAAUCCCACCCUCACAACCCUCACCUACAAAUAUCCAUUGAAGCUAGUCCCGCGCACCGGCGGCUUCGUCCCAUCCCCAGAUUCUUCUGCCCUCUCAGACACAUGUCCCUCCAACCCCGUCCACCUAUACCUCCUCACCUAUGGCGGCGGGCUCCUGCCAGGUGACCACAUCGAAGUGUCCAUUACGCUCGAACCCAGGACACGAAUGGUGGUAACAACGCCACAAGGCAGCACCAAGAUCUUCAAAACAACCCCAAAUAACAACGGCACAUCCCCAAAUGUAAUCAAAGGCCACCGCGAUCAAAUGCCCGCAAACAAAUCUCUCUCCGACAUGAGCCAGCAAACACUCGACGUCAACAUUGGCCGCCAAGCAGCCCUCUGCUACCUCCCAGACCCUUCCGUCCCCUUCAAACACAGCCGCUACGCUCAAGUUCAAACCUUCACCGUAGACGCCACCGCAAAAGGCGCCGAGCGUAGCAGCCUCUGCGUCCUAGAUUGGGUAACGCAAGGCCGGACCUCGCGCGGCGAGGACUGGGACUUCCACUUCUGGCGCGGACGCAACGAAGUCUGGGCCGAAGACGACAAGGGCAAACGCCGACUACUCCUCCGCGACUCGGUAAUUCUCGACGAUGAAUCCGAGGACCUACAAGACACAUCCAUACCCGACGGACUCGAAGUCGAAAAGAAAGAUAAAACCUACAGCACCACCACCCAUGCCGGUCUAGAAAACCCCGUCGAUCUGCCACCGCAGGCGCCAGUCGGCUUAACCCCGCUGAAUAUCAUCGCGGAGCGCACGCGCCCACACGGCGUCGUCGGCACGCUUAUACUCUCCGGUCCUGUAUUCGAAGCGCUCGGUUCGUUCAUGUUGAAACAAUUCCAGUCGCAGCCGCGCAUUGGUAGUCGCAAUUGGUCGGACCAUGCACCGUCGUCGGUGCCUGAGCCUUCGCUGAGCUUUAAGGGCAAUGUCACAUGGACGGCGGCGCGGGUGCGCGCUGGCUUUGUGCUUGUCAAGUUCGGUGCCAAGGAUUUUGAGACUGCGAAGCACUGGCUUGGUGGCCUGAUUCGGGAAGAGGGUAGUGUUAUCCGCGAGUUCGGUGAAGAGGCGCUCUGCUGUUUAUGA